CCUUGUUCUCGCCGGGGCCGCUCAGACCUGCAGCGGAGCCGCGGCGCCCGCUCGGAUCGGCUCGGGGCUGCGCCCCCGGGACCUGGCGACGGGGGCGCUCCCCGCCGGGCUGGGCCCCUCAGCACUGACAGAGUUGACUGGCUGGAGAUUUAUCAGCUUGAAGGGCUGGAGGUGUGGAUCCAUGGGGUAGCCCCAGUGUGUGUGCCCCUCUGCCCCAGCCAGCUCAUGCCUCAGCAGCCGGGGUCAGUGAACAGAGCCCAGGCUGGAGGCCAAAUAUGUGGGGCCUGGUGAGGCUCCUGCUGGCCUGGCUGGGUGGCUGGGGCUGCAUGGGGCGCCUGGCAGCUCCAGCCCGGGCCUGGGCAGGGUCUCGGGGAGGCCCAGGACCAGCAUUGCUGCGGACCCGAAGGAGCUGGGUGUGGAAUCAGUUCUUUGUCAUUGAGGAAUAUGCCGGUCCAGAGCCCGUCCUCAUUGGCAAGCUGCACUCUGAUGUGGACCGAGGCGAGGGCCGCACCAAGUACCUGCUGACCGGGGAGGGAGCAGGUACCGUAUUUGUGAUUGACGAGGCCACAGGCAAUAUCCAUGUCACCAAGAGCCUGGACAGGGAGGAGAAGGCACAGUAUGUGCUACUGGCCCAAGCUGUGGACCGGGCCUCCAACCGGCCCCUGGAACCCCCAUCAGAGUUCAUCAUCAAGGUGCAAGACAUCAAUGACAAUCCCCCCAUCUUUCCCCUCGGACCCUACCAUGCCACAGUGCCUGAGAUGUCCAAUGUUGGGACAUCGGUGAUCCAGGUGACUGCUCAUGAUGCUGAUGACCCCAGCUACGGGAACAGUGCCAAGCUGGUGUACACUGUGCUGGAUGGACUGCCUUUCUUCUCUGUAGACCCCCAGACUGGAGUCGUGCGUACAGCCAUACCCAACAUGGACCGGGAGACGCAGGAGGAAUUCUUGGUGGUGAUUCAGGCCAAGGACAUGGGCGGCCACAUGGGGGGGCUGUCGGGCAGCACUACGGUGACAGUCACCCUCAGCGAUGUCAACGACAAUCCCCCCAAGUUCCCUCAAAGCCUAUAUCAGUUCUCUGUGGUGGAGACGGCUGGGCCAGGCACCCUGGUGGGCCGGCUGCGGGCCCAGGACCCAGACCUGGGGGACAACGCCCUCAUGGCAUACAGCAUCCUGGAUGGGGAGGGGGCCGAGGUCUUCAGCAUCAGCACAGAUACCCAGGGUCGAGAUGGGCUCCUCACCGUCCGAAAGCCCCUGGACUUCGAGACCUGUCGCUCCUACUCCUUCCGUGUGGAGGCCACCAACACACUUAUCGACCCAGCCUACCUGCGGCGAGGGCCCUUCAAGGACGUGGCCUCAGUGCGCGUGGCUGUGCAGGAUGCCCCAGAGCCACCCGCCUUCACCCAGGCUGCCUAUCACCUGGUGGUGCCUGAGAAUAAGUCUCCUGGAACCCUGGUGGGUCAGGUCUCAGCCACGGACCUGGACUCCCCAGCCAGCCCUAUCAGAUACUCCAUCCUCCCCCACUCGGAUCUGGAGCGCUGCUUCUCUAUUGAGCCCGAGGAUGGCACCAUCCGCACGGCAGUGUCCCUGGACCGAGAGGCCCAUGUCUGGCACAACCUCACAGUGCUGGCCACAGAGCUCGACAGCUCCGCACAGGCCUCCCGUGUGCAAGUGGCCAUCCAGACCUUGGAUGAGAAUGACAAUGCUCCCCAGCUGGCUGAGCCCUACGACACUUUUGUGUGUGAUUCUGCAGCCCCUGGCCAGCUGAUUCAGGUCAUCCGGGCCCUGGACAGAGAUGAAGCUGGCAACAGUAGCCGUGUCUCCCUUCAAGGUCCUGUGGGGCCCGAUGCCAACUUCACUGUCCGGGAUAACCGAGAUGGCUCUGCCAGCCUGCUGCUGCCCUCUCGCCCUGCUCUGCCACGCCAGGCCCCCUACAUGGUUCCUAUAGAACUGUGGGAUUGGGGGCAGCCAGCACUGAGCAGCACUGCCACCGUGACUGUCAGCAUGUGCCGCUGCCGGCCUGAUGGCUCUGUGGCAUCCUGCUGGCCUGAAGCUCAGCUCUCACCCACUGGGCUCAGCACCGGGGCCCUGCUUGCCAUCAUCACCUGUGUAGGCACCCUGCUUGCCCUGGUGGUGCUCUUCGUGGCCCUGCGGCGUCAGAAGCAAGAAGCACUGAUGGUGCUGGAGGAGGAAGACGUCCGUGAGAACAUCAUCACCUACGAUGACGAGGGCGGCGGCGAAGAAGACACAGAGGCCUUCGACAUCAGCGCCCUGCAGAACCCCGACGGGGCGGUUGACUUGACAAUCCUCAUUCUGUAA